GCCUCGGGGAACGCGGGGUCUGCGCUAGGACCCGGUGGACCGCGGAGAGACGGUCAGUUCCAGGCUCGCACGGCGGGACGGAGAGCGCACUCGGGGAACAGUCGAGGCACCUGAAGCGUGAGUGAGUCUACCUCCCCACACACACACACGAUGAGAGCCAGCGUCCUCCUCCUGCUGGGUCUGCCCGUCAUCCUGGCGCAGACAUUUGACUACAGUGAUGACCCGUUCAAAUUUGCCGAGCCUGAUUACAGCCCGUAUGAUUCACAGUAUCCACAGCUGCUCUCCCGGCAGGGGAUACGAGAGCCAGAAGUUGGACAGACUGAAGCUGAAUUACAGCUGACAGAGCCCACAGAGCCAGGACCACUGGACUGCCGUGAGGAGCAGUACCCCUGCACCAGGCUCUACUCCGUCCACCAGCCCUGUAAACAGUGUCUCAACAGCAUCUGCUUCUACACUGCGCGCAGGGUGUAUGUUAUAAAUAAGGAGAUCUGUGUGAGGACUGUCUGCGCUCAUGAGGAGCUGCUGAGAGCUGACCUGUGCCGUGACCAGUUCUCCCGCUGUGGUGUGGCAGUACUGACUGGCCAGUGUGCGGCGAUGGGGAGCAGCUGUGUGAAGAGCUGUGGAGGAUGUUAGAGAUGACCACUACGACACCGCCCAAAUACUGCCUGACCAAACCCACACCCCUCCACCCAAAGAAGAACACUGCCCAACCAAACCUACACCUUUAAUCCAGUCCCCCUCUGCAGGCUCCGCCCACAAUCGUGCUCUUUCAUAGCUACUGUUGGACAGGCUUUACAGUCCCAUCCACCCUAAAGAGUUCAGGUCAGCUGUUUAGAGCGCUGGGUUUAAAGUGCUCCUCUGGACUGCGGUGUUGUAGCCAAAACUAGACAAGUUGACAACAAUGACAUUAGCCAAAACACACACACACACACACACACACACACACACACACACACAUGUCCAACGCUCCUAGCAUGCUCCGCCCCUCGGACAGAACUAACAUCCAAAUCCAGCUUUUAUGUGAAGUUAACUAGAUCGGACAAAUCGGCAAACAGACGGACGGACAAAGCGACGUGGACUGAUCGACGAGUGAACGGGUGACCUGCAGCUAGACAGGUGGGCUUUGGUUGUGCAGGGUUAGCUUCGGCUUGCUGAGCUUCUCUAGCUCUGAAAGUGGGCGGGGCCAGAGACGCAGCCUUGUGAUUGGUCAGGCGGAUGCUUACGGAAGCGUUACCCAAGGUUAAUUACCAGUUUAGCUACAUCGAGAGGAGAGAAACACGGUGAACUGUAUUGGUCAUUCAUUGGUCACUGGAACGCUACUCAAAGGGUUCAGUUGAACGUGCUGGUUUCUUUGCCGGCGUGGAGCGAACGCCAGGCGGUAGCACUCACAGGAGCAGCGGAGGAGAGGACUCGCUCUCUGCCCUGGUUACGUUAGCCUCAGUGAGCUAAUCGGCUUGCCAUGCAAACUCUGAAAUGCAAAAGAUUGUUGAAGAAAUUCCAUCAUAACAUCCAUAAUGUGGGAAUUAUCGCUCCGGGUGGAUGUAAACUUACCGUAGAGCCGAACUAACGCUAACGAUGCUAACGAGCUAACGAUAUGAAGUCGUAUCAGCAGUCGUGUGGAGCAGGAGGAGCAGUUCAUAACUUAAAGCCCACAAAUCAAAUAUACAUGGUUUUAAAAUCUGAAGCAGUCUAAAGUAGUUUAUAGCUACAGCUAUUAAUGGAUAAAUAAGUAAAGGAACUAUUCUACAGUUUCUCAUUAGGCUGAAUGAAUAACCAGCUCUAAAUGUAGGUAUUGUGAUAUAAACCGAGUCCGUUCUACAGUUUCUCGUUAGA